UGUUUUUGUUUUGUAUAUCUUAGGGAGAAGGACGACAAAGAGAAAGCUAUGAAGCAAGAAACACUGCCAGAUCUUCUCUCUAGUGACGUGCAUCGGAAGAUGAUGAGGAAGAAAUGGGAGGCUGAGGAGGAAGAAAUGAGGAGCCGAGGUCCUGGGCCUCUUCACUACCAGAACCUCAAGUUUGAUGAGGUGAGAGAGAUGGGUGUCGGCUGCUUUGACUUCCCAAAGGAUGAGGGAGAGAGAAAGAUGGAGAUGUUGAGUCAUCUUAGAGACGAGAAUGGCUAAUAUUGACGUCCGGAAAACACUCUUCGUG